CGAGCACCCUGAGCACCCCGAGCACCCCAGGUGUUUCUUUUCCAGCAGCUGAGAUGGUGUGGGAGGUCUUGGUUAGAGCACAGGAGAGGAGACAGACAGCUGGGAAGCUUUGGUGCCAAGCACUGGAGGUGGCAGGGGGGGACAGGAGCAGGGGAGGCGCUGGGUGGUGGCAGCACGCUCAGCCAGGAGCGUUCCCAGGGAGAGGGAGGCCACUGGCCGCCGUGCCGGGCUCAGCCCGGUUUCGCAAGGCACCACAGAAGGAGGAAUUUUUAAACAAAGCAGAGGGAAAACAAACCAACCCUUUCCACCACCUCUGCCAACCCCCCCUGCCUGUGUACAGGGCUGUGGGCAGGAGGUGGCACCGACACAAAGUCCCAGCAUGAGCUGCACCCCGAGCUGCUCACCCCUCCGCAGGACAGGUCACCCCGCUUGGCUGGUGAAGCGUCCCAAAGGAGAUGCCAGCCCUGGUGUAAUUCUGCCCUCUGUGGGCCUCCAGGCUCUCCUGGGGAUGCAGGUGUCACUGUCAGACGCAUCCCUCUCCGUCCUUGUCCCCAGCAGCACAGAAAGGCCGAUAUCCAUGGCUCAGUCUCAGGUGGCCAUGUCCCUUUGUCCCAAAGGAGCCUUAGCAGCUCGGGGUGGGUCGUGAGUGACUGCAGAUGCCUUGGGUGAGCCCCACGCAGAUGGGAAUGAGGUGCCAUCCCCUCUCCUCAGCUGGGGGAUCUUUGGGUUUACCACCUGAAGUCACCUCCAGCGAGUCCCAGAUAAGAUGGUGCAGCCAUAGCUUUUCGGCUUCCUCAGAAGACAAGGGAGCUGGAGGAAGGCAGCGGGCACUUUUCCCCAGCAGAGCUGGCUCUCCAUCCUGCCCGCGGCGUCAGUGCAGGGGAGGGCUUUGGCGUCCUUCCUGGGCAGCACUGCUCUGCCCCCGGAGCCCGGCUGGGGAGAUAGCGGGGGUGAAAGGGCGCCUGGCGCUCCCCCACGGGCUUGGGUCAAUCGUUAAUCGGGGAGGGAUUGCUUUCCCCUCCCGCAGGUGACCUCCCCGCGCUCCCACCCCGCACAAAACCAGCACCCCCGGCAGCGGGGUGGAGCUGCAGCGCUGCGAGCAGAGCCUCUCCCAGGGCCAUGGGAACGUGAGCGCACGGGAGGGACCUGGGCCACAACCGCCAGCCUUGGGCAGGCGACAGAGCGACAGCCAGCCCCCACCAUGGUGUCCAUGGGGCUCCAGCUGCUGGGCUACGCCGUGGCCUUCCUGGGCUACAUCGGCACGCUGACGGCCACGCUGCUGCCCAGCUGGAAGACCAGCUCCUACAUCGGCUCCAGCAUCGUGACGGCCAUCAGCUUCACCAAGGGGCUGUGGAUGGAGUGUGCCACGUACAGCACGGGCAUCACCCAGUGCGACAUCUACAGCUCCCUGCUCAACCUGCCCGCCGACAUCCAGGCGGCACAAGCGCUCAUGGUGAGCUCCUGCGCCGUGUCCUCCCUGGCCUGCCUGCUCUCCGUCGUGGGCAUGAGGUGCACCGUCUUCAGCCAGGGCUCGCCGGGCAAGGACCGGGUGGCCGUGGCGGGCGGCGCGGUCUUCGUCCUCGGGGGGCUGCUCUGCUUCAUCCCGCUGGUGUGGAACAUCCACGUGGUGCUGCGGGAUUUCCGCAACCCCGUCAUCCCCGACAGCAUGAAGUUCGAGCUCGGGGAGGCUCUUUACCUCGGCAUCAUCUCCUCCCUGCUGUCCCUCGUCGGCGGCUUGAUCCUCUGCGCCUCCUGCCCUGCCCGGGACACCACCACCGCCUACUCCAGCGCCUACCAGCCCCAGCUGCUGGCGAGCAAGAGCUCCCGGCCCUCUGUCAGCCAGGUGCAGAAAACCAAGAGUGAAGUCAAUUCCUACAACCUGACGGGAUACGUGUAGUGGCUGCAGGGGGAACCAGGCUGGCGCCUCUCCCGGCUCCCCAGAGCGUCCGGGCUGGCACCAAGGGAACGCGGUAAGAGCAGAGGGCACGGCGGCAUCGCCCGUGCUCAGCCCUCUCAUGUGCUUGGGGGGCUGACCCCGCUCUCUCCCUGGGAUUUUGAGAGCCUUGUGACUGCUUGGAGAUCCCAGCUGGUGGCUUACACCGGUGAACGGCCCUGAAUCCGGCUUCUGUUCUUUACUCCACUGGCACGGCGGGAGCCCAGCCUGCAGCCCCAGUGAACCUGCCUGGAAAGGGGAGGGGGCUUGUGGCCCCAGGGACCGGCUGCUGGCCAUGCAGGCAUCCCAGCAGGGUCAAGGGCAUGUGCGUGGGUCUGCAGUCGCUGCUGGGGGGGGUUGAGUGCUGGUUGCAAACCGAUGUCGCAAUAAAUACGUCUUUCUAGCCA